AACAAAGAAAGAUUGCUAGACAGACGAAUUCGAGAAAACAUUUUAGUGAUUUAAUUAAUCAAGUCAAGUGAAAUUUUUCGUUGUCCACCGUAAGAAAAAAGCUACAAUCCGAUAACGGGAAACAAUGGGUAAAAUCUUCCUGGAUCACAUCGGCGGCCAAAAGCUGUACGCUUGUGCUGCUUGCGAAACGAAUCUCACCAACAAACGGGAACUGAUCAGUACCCGUUUCACGGGAGCCACGGGGAGGGCCUACCUCUUUAAGCGGGUCGUCAAUCUGACCUACUCGCAGGUUCAGGAUCGUGUAAUGUUAACCGGACGGCACAUGGUGCGAGAUGUGAUGUGUAAGAAUUGUAAGGCCAAGCUCGGCUGGAUGUACGAAUUCGCCACCGAGGAAACACAGAAAUACAAGGAAGGUCGGGUUAUUCUGGAACACGCACUUAUCAGUGAGUCGGAGGGUUUUCAGGAACCGUGACCCUUCCUGUUCGAUCCGAUCGAGUUCUAAAUUGUCGUUUGGACUAGACUUCAGGGUUUGGUGUUUGAUGUGUGAAUGAGAAACAAUUUCCCAUAUUCUAUUAAUCAUCAUUAGCGAUUAAGAUUCUAGCAUUUUGGACGUCGUUUGCAUUGGAGUUUGGUAAAAUUUAAAACAAAUAUUUAAUCACGAAAAUGUAUUUCAAGCUAAAUAACUAUUAAAAUAAAACGUUACAAUAAACGCUAGUGUAUAGAUACAA